GUCAUUUUUCUUCACGGAUUGGGAGAUACUGGGCAUGGAUGGUCGGAAGCGCUUGCAGGUAUCAAAAGCCCCCAUGUAAAAUAUAUUUGCCCACAUGCGCCAGUUAUGCCUGUUUCUUUGAACAUGAACAUGGCUAUGCCAUCGUGGUUUGAUAUCAUUGGACUUUCUCCAGAUUCACAAGAAGAUGAAGCUGGGAUCAAGCAGGCAGCAGAGAACGUUAAAGCACUGAUAGAUCAAGAAGUAAAAAAUGGAAUUCCUUCUAAUCGAAUUAUUCUGGGAGGCUUUUCUCAGGGAGGUGCUUUAUCAUUGUAUACAGCUCUUACGACACACCAAAAAUUAGCAGGUGUUGUAGCCCUCAGCUGUUGGCUUCCCCUACGGGCUUCUUUUCCUCAGGGCCCUAUCAGUGGUGUCAACAAGGAUAUUGCUGUUCUUCAGUGCCAUGGGGACUGUGACCCCUUGGUUCCUUUAAUGUUUGGUUCUCUCACUGUUGAGAAGCUAAAGAGUAUGAUAAAUCCAGCCAACGUAACCUUCAGGACUUACUCUGGCAUGAUGCAUAGCUCAUGUGUUGAGGAGAUGACGGAUGUAAAACAGUUCAUAGACAAACAUCUACCUCCCGUAGACUGAAACGAUGUGUGAGAAGCCUUCUAUAUAAAUGCACCAGCAUCAACUGUGGUAGAGUUUUUCAUACCCCUGAUAGGAAGCAUUAUUUCUAUACCUGCAGUGUUACUACUGUGUUGCAAAUUUAUACUUAGGGUGAGGAUGAAAUAAUACACAUGUACAGGAAAUGAUAAUCUUUUUAGUAUUAAUCAUCCACUGGUGGAACUAUAUGAAUGAGGCAGCUAGGUAACAAUGACAGAAUGUAACCUAAACAUACUGCUUUAAGACAUCUGAUUUUUUUUUUGGAUUGCAGAAUUAUGAACUAUUUGUACAAGUAAUUAAAAACUAAAUUUAAGCGAGUGAUGUAAAUGUGACCAGUUUAGUUAUACUUGAGACACAGUCUGUUCUUCAUAUUCACUGAAGACAUAUCAAAACAUUUCCUUUAUGUAAUGGAUGCAUAAAGUACACCACAUGUAACAUAGUGGGCAUAUGAUGGUAGAAUAAGUGUUACCAAGCUUUAAAUAUUCAAUGUUUGUUCUUACUCCAGGUAAGGAGGGUUGUUCUCCUAGAAUGGCUGGAAGUCAGUGAAGAUAUUUCUUAUAUUGAAACCACCUCAAUUUUUAACUUUUUUCAUAUAAGUAGAUAUUGUGGAAAUUCUAAAGGGACUCAUUCCUUGUUAGACUGUCAUUUGUUCUUCAUUAUCUUUGUAUAUAUUUUUUUUUCAUUACUGUAAACUCACAUUAAAUGCUGACUUGGAACAGAAUUCUGAAGAACUGCAUAGGAUUAGAGUUUCAUUUAAAAACGCCUGUUUUCAUACUGAAUAUUCAUCUUGUGCUUUAGUCUUUGUAACUUUCAUUUGUGUAGAAAUGUUGAUGUAUUUCACAUGAGCAAUUCCAGCAUACAGUUUUGAUUUUUUUUCUGUCUGCUUUGGAGUAACUAAUUGAAAACAGCACAGCUGUAUAGUUUUGUGUAUCGUUGAAGUCUCAUCUGUAACGCAGACAUUAACUAAUUUGCUUUUUUUUUUUUAAUGGAAAUGGAAGUUCAGUUGGGAUAUAACUUAAACUUUAAAUUGAUACCAUCUAAUACUUUCGUUUAUUGCAUGUUGAGACUUGAGUUUUUUCUGAAAAAGUACAGAUAAUUUUAUUUUCAAAUAAAUCAUUCUACAUUUUGCUAGAUCAGUAUAGCCUAGGAAUAUGAAGAUCCACUGUGGGGAAAAAAAUAAAUCUGCAAGAUGCAGAAUGUCUCUUCUUUCAGGAGCUUAAAAUUCUAGGAUGCACUGGGUUACAGAAAUUGAUGCACACUCAAGAGGUUUUUGCAAUUAAGAGCCAUAAUUUACUUCUGGGAGCUGCUAUUCUUCUGUACAGUUUGGAGGCUGUCACCACACUAGGAAUGUUUAAAAAAUACACUACAGUUUUCAGUAUAUAAUAUACUGUAUAACAAUGUUCUAAACUAAUAUAUUUCCAAGCAAGGAAUAUUCCUAUUUUGGAUGCAUCUGUCAUGUCAACAUUGUACUUCAUACCCGCAUUUAAGGUACCUUCUCCUCUCCCAGUUUAAUCCAGUGGUCCUCUUUCAGUAUAUAUGGGUUUAUGUCUGAGGCAUCUGCCAGUACAAAUGCAUAAAUGGAAAAUUACACCUUUUUAUCCCUUUUUUAACACAGCUGCUGCCAGAAAUCUGACUUAUUCACCUAGCGUGAAUUCUCAGUUUUCAGUGCUUUUUUUAUAUGUAUUGCACUUCAUUUUUAGGAAGCUGUUUCUCUUUUCUAGUCCACUUCCCUCUGGAUUAUUAAACAACUCUAAUUAUGUAGAAGUGAAACGAAGUUUUUUUCUAAAUGGUGUUGAAACACUCUUAGAUAUUCCAUCUGUGUGGUUGAGAGGGCAUGCCUAUUAACUUUGAAGUUUAAUUAGUCUUUUCCCUCAGUCACUCUGUUCUAUGGAUCUGGCGAUUUGUAUUUCAGUUAAUUUAGUUCACAGAAGAAACCAUAAUAUUCUUAUUGUAGUUGUGCCAAAGUUGUAUUCAGAAAACAGUAUGUCCUAGCUUGGAGUCAUUCCCAAAUUGCAUUAGCUAAUUUUGCAGUCCUGCAGAAUUGCACACUUGGUAAGAAAACUGUGUGCUAUGUCUUCUAGUUUUUAGAUUUGUCCUUGUUCCCCGUUGUGUAAGUAAUUCCCUGAAUGCUGGCAUGUUUCCAAAGUUUGGCACAAACUUCUAUUUUUAAUUUUCUUACUCUGUAAAUUGUUGAAAAUGCUGGCUAGCCAUCUUGUUCAACUUCUGAUUGACUCUGUGCUCAUUUCAUAUAUUCUUUCUUCUGUUAGAACGACUUUAAAAAUUAUUUCUAAAAUAUUAAAAUGAGAACUGUCCUAGCUUUAUUCUGUGUUACCUUCGUAACACUUUCUUUAGUUUGGUGAACUGUGUUCACAAUUUGUGAUCGGUUUCUAGUAUUUACAUGUUUUAAUCCAAGUCAGCUUCAACUGUCGACUCCAUGAUGCUUUCAGAUGUUGUUAUAGAAAUGGUUUAUGUGCUGACUUUGUUCAAAUAUUCAGCUAUCAUAACAAGAUUUUUUUUUCAUGCUGUUGUUUUGCUGCUUGCUUUUUCUACAAAGAGCUGUGUUACCAAAGUAAACGCAAGUAAAUGUGACUUAUUCCAAAUUUCUGUAUUCUAGAAAGAAUUCUUCCCCUCUAGUUUGUGGGGUUUUUUGCUUUUGUUUUUGUUUUUUUCAAGGGUAUAUGUGUACAUUGUCAUUGGGGGCUGUUAAAGAGCCCAGAACCUAAAGGAAAACUUCAAGGAUGUAUUUGAAGCCUCUUCUGUCUCCUCCCAUAUGACUGUGUGUACCUUGAGCUCCUGUCUUUUGUAACUUCCCAGCUGGUUGGAAAGCUGUGUGUAUGAUCUUACAGCUCAACUUCUUUACUGCCUGAAGUGAUUUGAUGCUGGGAUUGUUGUCAUAAUUGCAUGUAUUUUUAGGCUGAAUGAUGGCAGGGGUGUUUAAUAAUAUUCUAUGAAAAUGGAGAAGUUGGACCGUCAGUGUUCUAAAUGUGAGUGUCUUAUUCUUAUAAACUACAAUAUGAAAUUGUCCAAUAACAAAGUUGAUUUUUUGUAAUGUUAGGGUUGCCCCAAAAGGGGGUGAUGUCUGUCAAACCUGCGAUUGGUAUCGAUAUGAAAAUAACUGCAGUUUUGAUCAGUUUGUUUCCGUGGGUAUCUAACUCCCUAAUAGUUUUUUAAUUUCAAAAUGGUACUUAAAUUUGACUGCAGUUUUGUGCAGUCAGAAGUCUGACUUCUUGUUGGAAUGUGCUGCCCACUUUUUAAUAAACAUGUUGAAUGAUGUAUUAUAAGCCAAAUCUUCCAGCCAUUCUUGAAGUCAGCCUGUACUGGGGUCUGUACUGUGGUGAGGGCUAUAUGAUUUGGUCUCUUCCUACCAUCUUGUAUAAUUACAACGCAGUAGAUUGGUAAAAGUACUGUACACUGUAACUGGUAUUAGAACUGUUAAUUAAAACAUGUUCUCUCUAAUGGAGUAUACUGCACUUCAUUGAAAUCAUUAGGAUGCAUCUUUUAUGUAGAAAUGCUAUUUGUGUUGAUGGAUAUGACUGAGAACAAACUGUCUAAGAUGUUAAUGAAGCCAUAUGUACAAGGCCUGUGUAUCUUAAAUUUUAUAAAGAAAUACUGAACACUUAGUCUUUGUGUUAUGAAGUAUAAGCCAUUUAUAUUUAAUAUAAACAUCUAAGAUGUAAUUUAGUUACUUUUCUCAUUUUAUUUAUGAUAAGAAAUCUUGACUUCGGAAAUUUAUUUCUGUAGUAGGGAAAAUGUAAAAUCUUUCCAUUUUUAUCAUUGUGUAAUAAAUUUCAAUCAGUGUUUGGGAAAGUA